CCACUGGGGCCGUGUGCAACUGGCAUAGACUACGGUGGCACCCUGCCCUCGCGCAUCAUUCGACCUCCGCGCACAGUAGACUCGGCAAGCGCCUUGCACUGUAUACGCGUUCGGGAGUUAACUCUCGUUGCGACACGACGAACAGGAUAAGUUAAGCGAGCACAAUGCCUUUCAAACCAGCAGACAACCCCAAGUGUCCAAAAUGCGGCAAGUCCGUAUAUGCGGCGGAAGAACGUGUUGCUGGCGGACUCAAAUGGCACAAAAUGUGCUUCAAAUGCGGUCUCUGCCAGAAGCUUCUCGACUCUACUAACUGCUCAGAACACGAAGGUGAACUUUUCUGCAAAAUGUGCCACGCGCGUAAGUUCGGACCUAAAGGUUACGGAUUUGGCGGCGGCGCUGGCUGCCUGUCGAUGGACUCCGGUGAACAUCUUAAGGGCGAGAAUGCAAAUGGAUUGCGAACCAAUGGAGCGUGUAUGGAAUCACGUGUUAUUGCUAAGGCUCCACCUGGAGAGGGUUGCCCACGAUGCGGUGGUUACGUUUAUGCUGCAGAGCAGCAAUUGGCUCUUGGAAAGGCUUAUCACAAAAAAUGCUUCAAUUGCUUAACAUGCCACAAGAACCUUGAUUCAAUGAUCCAUUGUGACGGGCCUGACAAAGAGAUUUACUGUCGAGUGUGCUAUGGAAAGAAGUUUGGACCCAAGGGGUACGGUUAUGGCAAGGGCGCAGGUGUCCUUCAAAGCGACCCUUACGCGAACGGGGACCAUGCACCCAGAACCACGGUGAUCGACACCGCAGCGAUCCAAGCACCUCCUGGCAAGGGAUGCCCCCGAUGUGGUGGCGCUGUUUACGCCGCGGAGCAAGUUCUGGCCAAGGGCCGUGAAUGGCAUCGCAAGUGCUUCAAAUGCCGCGACUGUACAAAGACGCUUGACUCGAUAAUCGCAUGCGAUGGUCCAGACAAUGAUGUUUACUGCAAAACUUGUUAUGGCAAGAAAUGGGGACCUCACGGUUAUGGAUUCGCUUGUGGAUCCGGCUUCCUUCAGACCGACGGUUUGACUGAGGACGAGAUCUCUUCUAACCGUCCAUUCUACAAUUCUGACACAACAUCAAUCAAGGCGCCUAAGGGACAAGGUUGUCCGCGAUGCGGUGGAAUGGUCUUCGCCGCUGAGCAACAACUUGCCAAGGGCACAAUGUGGCACAAAAGAUGCUUCAACUGCGCGGAAUGCCAUCGCCCACUUGAUUCCAUGCUAGCAUGUGACGGACCAGACAAGGAAAUCCACUGUCGGUCAUGCUACGCUAAACUUUUUGGACCUAAGGGAUUCGGUUAUGGCCACUCACCCACCCUUGUAUCCACCGACUCUGAACCCACCACGACAUACACUGAACAAGUACCGUUCACUGGACCUAAAGCCGCAAAAGGAAAAGGCUGCCUCCGCUGUGGAUUCCCAGUGUAUGCUGCUGAACAAAUGAACUCAAAGAAUGGCACAUGGCACAAACGGUGCUUCUCAUGUGCAGACUGCCAUAGAUCUCUUGAUUCGACGAAUUUGAACGACGGGCCCAAUGGUGAAAUCUACUGCCGCGGCUGCUACGGACGUAACUUCGGACCCAAAGGAGUGGGUUUCGGAAUAGGAGCAGGCACAUUGACCAUGGCUUAGUUGAACUAUGAAGCUGGACUUUAUAGGGUUUAAGUGUGAACGGUAGCAUGAAAGGAAUUUAAUCUGGGUCAUGUUGCUACCUAUCAUACCAUGGACUAAACUGGUUUUAAUCAUGGUUGAUAAAUAUGAGACUAAUAAAUAGAUAUAGUUAUGUAUUUUAUAAUGUAAGAACAAAUAUUUUAUGAUAAAAUUUAAACAAGGUUACAUUCCUUUCAUUUAAGCAUAAACUGUGAUGAAUGUUUGGGCCCUUGGUUUAUAUUCGUCAUAAAAUAUUAAUGUAAAAUGCAUAGAUAUAGAUUACAGAGAUAAGUGUACAAAAUUUAUUUUAUAAUCAUAAAUAUUAAAAAAACUAAAAAAAAAAUACAGUGGCAUUGUGUUACUUCAAUUAUUGAGGUAAUUAAACUAUCCUGUACGUGGCUAUGAUUGCUUUAGCAAUUUCGACCGACCAGAUCUCGGCAGAUCUGAAGCGCAUCAUCACUAUCAACUGUACCAAAGAUUUUGUACAUAAUCUUAUAUAAUACGGCAAUAAGUUGUGCUAGAUCUAACAACCGCUUGAAGCUUUUGCACUUUUUAUGUAAGAUAUGAGUUAAGACAGCUUAUUGCAAUUACUAAGCGAAAUCAUUGUAUCAUUUUUAUUAAAUAAAAUCGCUUUUAAAA